UCUUGUCUUAAAGAUUACAUAUCAUUAUGAUAAAAGAUUUCGACAAUGUUAUUCUAGUUCCUGCAAUGUCUCGUCUACUUUUAUUCUUGUUAACUGCAACAGUGUCAGCAGAUGCGAUACAACAGGCUGACCUGGACUAUAUGGGGACCUUUCUCGAUAUAAAAAUAGCUAUCGAAGACAAUUUAAAACAAAAUGGUAUGAAGCAUAAAUUAAGUCUCAAUAUGACAAACAUUGGAAACGGCGUAGUAAGAAAAGAAGGCUGGACGAUUUACUUCUGUAGCUUCUUCAUGAUUGAACCUGAUCACCUCCCAUCGGCGGAAGGAUAUAUUCUUCCGCACUAUUUCUUGAAAGUAAAUCACAUACAGGGGUGUUUAUUUAGCAUGACCCCGACAAACGGUUUUCCAACACUUUUUGCAAAUGAUAGACAUUUUGUCGAAUUUUAUGGACAAUUCUGGACUGUCUCCAGGACUGAUAUCCCACCAAAUUGGUAUGUAGCGGCACCAGCCUUAAAACCGGUCAACAUUCAAUCAACAUUUACAGGAAAGCGAUUUGUGACAGACUUCACCUCCCCAAAGCAAUGGAAGAGAUACCGGAAUGACCAAUAUAAUCCAUAUACGGCACAGGAACGCUUUAGAAAAUAUGACGAUAAAAUACCAACAAACUUCUUAAAAUUAGUUAUACCAACGCCAAAAGACAUUCAAAUACAUUCAAAUAAUUCUUUGAAGAUUCACAACAUGACAGUUGUAUGUACACCAGAUAUAAAAGAAGAAGCAGUAUACUUAUCAA